GAUGAGGAUAAAUAUUUCCUGGAUCCACUAGUGAUAUGGAUAUCUGCUCCUGCACAGACGGCACGAACCGAUAACACUACAAGAUGGCACAUAUCGACAUCAUCCCCGUCGACCUGCCUGGAUCAGAGUCAAAAAAGCCGCUGCACUUCACUGGCGAUAUCUUCCAAGGAUUCAACUCCCCGUGUCGAUUCGAGGGGUGUGUGGAACAGCUAGAGGUUUGGGGCGAGAUCCCAUUGUCCAUCGAUGGGACGUUCUAUCGUGUCAUGCCAGACCACCACUAUCCGCCCUUUGUUCAGAACGAAAUCCACUUCAACGGUGACGGUGUUAUCAGCGCCUUCAAGAUUGCGAACGGAGAAUGCGAUUUCCAGCAGAUGGCGGUUCGCACCCAUCGGUUCCUCGCCGAGAAGAGACACAGACGCGCGCUCUUUGGCAAGUAUCGCAACGCAUAUACGGACAAUCCGAUAGUGGAGGGGGUAUUGCGUACGAUCAGUAACACCAACAUUGUCUUCCAUCGCGGCGUCCUGCUCGCUCUCAAGGAAGACGGCCCACCUUUCGCAAUGGAUCCGACAACACUGGAGACGUACGGCGUGUGGGACUUCCAGGGGCAGAUCAAGACGCCCACUUCCACUGCACAUCCCAAGUUCGAUCCACUCACCGGGGACAUGGUAUGUUAUGGUUAUGAGGCCAAGGGCGAAGGAAGCAAGGACGUUGUGGUAUAUAACUUGGACAAAGAAGGGAAGAAGACAGAAGAGAACUAUAUCAUUUUCCCCUUGACAUCCAUCACAGCUGAUAUCGACCGGAUCAAGCGCGGUGGCAACCACUUCGCCUGGCAGCCUCAGCUGGACCAGGCUUACGGCGUGCUGCCGCGGCAUGGCGCCAAAUCGGAGGACAUAAAAUGGUUCUAUGCGGACAACGCCUUCCACGGACAUGUGGCCAACGCAUACGAGAACGAGGAAGGUAAGAUAGUAAUGGAUUUAACCGUCGCAGACGGGAAUGUAUUUUACUUCUUCCCCGAAGACGAGAGCAAGGUUUCCGCCCCCGCACGUGUCAAGUUUACGUCCCCGAUGCACCGUUGGGUGUUCGAUCCCAAGGCACCCACCGGUACACGGUACCAGCCUUACGAGCUGUUCGACACACAGGGCGAGUUUGCCAGGUCCGAUGAUCGCUAUCUCGGACAACCGUAUAAUCAUUUCUUCUUGUGUGUCAUCGACCCGACCAAGCCGUACAACUUCCAAAAAUGUGGCCCACCUGCUGGAGGCCUGUUCAACUGCUAUGGCCAUUUUGACUGGAAGACGCUUUCCAAGUCUGUCUGGUUCGCAGGCGAUUGCUCAACCGUUCAAGAGCCUGUAUUCAUUCCACGCUCUGCGGACGCUCCGGAGGGCGAUGGUUACUUGAUGGGUCUCGUCAAUCGACUCGAUGAGCUUCGAAACGACCUCGUAAUCCUUGACACGGCCCGGCCGUUUGAGGAUGGUCCGAUCGCAGUCAUCAAGCUGCCCUUCAAGCUUCGUACCGGUUUGCAUGGCAAUUUCGUAGAGGCCAAGGAGAUCCACGAAUGGAACCAACGGCUACCGAGGGACCAGAUCCCCAGACAGAAUAUCGAAGAGGUCAUCAAACCCAAGCCAGGCAGCGUUUACCGGGACGGGCUGAAGCCGAUCAUGAGCGGUAUCUUGCAGCCUGUGGCAGCCGUUAACGGGACGAAUGGAGUGAAUGGCACUCAUUGA